GAUAAUAAUAAAUUACUUUAUUUGCAAGGAAAACUUCUUGUUCACAAUGAUCAAUUGAUAAACAUUGAUUUUAGUUCUAAUGAAAUAUCUACGAUUGAAGUUGAAGUUUUCAGAAGAUUGGUAAAACUUGAAACCUUGCUGUUGGAUAAUAACAAAAUAUCAUCAUUGGACAAAAGAUUGUUUUCAAAUUUGACGAACCUGAAGAUACUUGCAAUACAUAACAACUUGAUAACAACCAUUGAGGACAAUACGUUCAUUAACCUUAUUAACCUUGAAUCUUUGUCAGUAAAUAGUAUACAAGUUUCAUCAUUUACGUCUGGAACUUUUAAUGGAUUGCAAAGGAUAAAGACUAUGAACAUUUUCGAUAAUCGUAAGAUGAAUCGAUUGACUGCAUUCAUAUUUCAUAAUCUUACAGAGGUCUACGUGAUUGAUCUUAAAGAAUGUGUAAUUGAAACCAUAGAAGAAAAUGCAUUCUUCAAUAUAACAGGACCUCUAGUGUUGAGCCUUCAAAACAAUAAAAUUCGGGAAAUACAUAACAAAGCUUUCAGAGACCUGACCGGUGUAGAAAUAAUAAAUUUGGACGACAAUUUUCUACAAACAAUCAAAAGUGAAACAUUUGUUAAUAUGCCAAAACUAAACGUUCUAACUAUAAGGAGAAACAGAAUUUUUCACAUUGAAGUUAAUGCCUUCGGGGAGCUGCCAGAACUACUUAUCUUAUCUCUUCUAUCAAACACUUUAAUAUGUGACUGUAGAAUUCGUUCGUUUCGCCUUUGGGUAUUACAGCAGACAUCAACAAAUGUAGAUGGUGCUGUUUGUUCUGAAAAAGAUGGACAACUUAUAAAGGAUAUCUCGAAUGUUGAGGAGUGUAAAGAAACCACAACUGAGAUUGAAAGUUCAAUAAAUACUUCGGAGAGCGCGGAGACGCCUCAACCAAUAUUAAUCACAAAAACGAACAAUAACGUUGAUCAAGCCAGCAAUAACACCUCAAUACUGUUAGAAAUCAUAGCCUGCACAGUUUCGGCCAUGGCAUUUAUCACAAUAAUUAUCUAUAUUGUCAUCAAGUCUAGAUGUAGAGGUUAG